CGGGCGGCCCUGCGGCUGCUGAGGGAGAAGAACCGCAACGCGGACCUCAACAGCCCCGCAGGACUGGAAGAACCUCAGUUCGUAGAAUUCAAUGGAGGAUUUGGCCAAGCCCAGCUGGACUGGUUCAAUGACGUACUCAGGUUCUCCGAUGAAAACCAAGAAAAAGUUGUCGUUAUGGGUCAUCUGCCCAUUCACCCAGAUGCUUCAGACGAAGUUUGCCUAGCCUGGAAUUACAGAGAUGCCCUUUCUGUCAUACAUUCUCACCAGUGUGUGGUCUGCUUUCUUGCAGGGCACCUGCACGAUGGUGGCUAUUGUUUAGACUCACAUGGUGUUCAUCAUCUGACUUUGGAGGGGGUUAUUGAAACUCCACCUGAAAGCAAUGCCUUUGGAACUAUUUAUGUCUAUGAUGAUAAAAUGGUAUUAAAGGGAAGAGGCAGAAUUUCAGACAGGGUGAUGUGUUUCUGAAAAUGCCAAGCAGAUGUCUAACUGCAAAUUUUUCUUCUUCAGGAAGUACUGACUAAAAAGCAUGGGAUCCAGCAUGUUCUUUGCUUGUAGAGAGAUCUACAUGGCUGAUCCUUACAGUUUUAACUCUCAUGUUUCUCUCUCAGAUACAGAACUCUAAAAAUUAUGUUUUUGUAAGGAACAAGACUUAACUUUUUGGAGAAUAGAGGCGGCCAGUAACCGUGUUUGAAGAAUGCAGAAUGUUGACUUAACCACCCAGUCUUGAACACACUGUUAUUUAUUGUGAAAAAAACACAAACAAAAAGCCUCUAGUUGGUAGUUUUGUUUUUCCAGGAUAUACCUGAUUGAGUCAGAUGUAAAGCAUUCAAAAUUGUACCCGCCCAGAAGCAGCUACGUACAUCUAGCUGGAAAGUCUAACCUGUAGCCUAAAGUGGUCUUCUUAAUGCUGCUUUAAAAGACUAAAGUCAUUUUGAAAAAAGUGAAGCCAGUGAAAAUGGGCACUAUCUAUGCUAUAUCAGAGCACAGUGCAGAGAGGCCCAAACUUUAAAAUAAAAUAAAGGCAGGAAAACUAUGACAUCAUGUAAUGCUGCAAAUACAGCAGGUGGGAUACGUGUGUGCCUGGCCUGCAGCAGCCCUGAAGGAACAAGCUCUGAGCUCUGACUUGGGGUGACUUGAAGUGUGUUGCUGUGCUGCAUCUGGAUCCAUGCUGUCUCCCACAGCCUGAGUAUUCACACUCACCUGCGCGUCCUUCUCCAUGACUGGUGAUGAUGGAGCAUGCUUCCUGUCUCUGGGCUACUGCAUGAGUUCUGAUUUCCAGGAACAGAAAUUCUUUGAGAAGCAGGUUGUAAUAGUGACCGUGUCUGCUGGCGGCACUCUGUGAGCAUGCUUUUUGCAGAAAAUAAAGAAGCUUUCACUUGGUUUUCUUUAGAAAAA